AUUCAACUUUCAUUUGCACUACAAACGUGAGCACAUGUUUGUUCUUUCUGGUUCUGGAACGCAGUUAAAUACGUGCAUAAUCAAUAGAACAGAACGAUAUCAUCGCAAAAUAAAAUCUUUUAUUUUAAUUGUAUAUUCGUCUUUAUAAUACUAAAUAUUUAAGAUUUUUGGUGUGAAAAUGGACACCGAAGAAAUGUCAAUAAAUUUUGAUCCUGUAGAGUACGAGGUGGAACGAAUUGACGGAAAACGAAUUAAUAUGGGCGUUGUUGAGUAUUUUAUCAAAUGGAAAGACUAUCCUGAAAACGAAAACACAUGGGAACCAACCGAAAAUUUGGCAUGCCCCAAACUCAUUGAGGAAUAUAAUAAGUCAUGUCCAAAUGACACAUCAUCGCUAGCGGUGCCAGUGAAGAUUGAAAGUAAGCGCAAUUAUGGACACCGUCAAGUUGAAUACCUUGUAAAAUUGUCGGAUGGCACGAAAUCAUGGAUGUCGAACAGAGGUGGUUCAUUGAACAAAUUAAUUAGAAAGUUUAAAUGGGAGCAAAAGUCAACUUCCAAACCAGGGCCCAAACGGGCUAAAUUGCAAUUGGAUUCAGAUCAAAGCGACUCCGAGUACGGUGAACAAUUGUAUAAUGGCACCGUCAAACGUAUUCUGAAUAUGAAACGAGAAAACAGUGAUGUGAUGUUUUUGGUUCAGUACGAAGAGCACGACGAUCAUGAUUGGGUGUCAGUGGACAUCAUAAAACGUUUGUACCCACAAAAAGUCAUUGCAUUUUAUGAGGAGUCUAUCUUAUGGGAGUGAUGCACGCGUCCAAAUCCACUUCGCCAAUUGACAACAAUGCAUUUGUUUUGCCUUAGGCUUUAACAUUGCAUACUAUUUUAAAAAUUAAAUACAGAACACAUGCUCAAAUCUAUUGUUCGCAUUCUAUGUGCAUUAACACAUUUCAAUUUAUUUUGUAUUAUUAAAAGUCUUUCCAGCCCAAUAAAAUG